CGACGCCGCCCGCCGGACCGGGAGCGCUGCGUGGCGGCGGCCUGGCGCGACUCCGCAGGGGGCGGGCCCCGCGAGGCCAAGACGACCGCUGGGUCCAACCGCCAGCUGGAACAUACUGUGAGGCGCAGGAGCAAGGCUUCUGCGGGGCGCACGCUCUGA